GAUGAUGGGGCUCUUGUUGUCACUUUGCCACCCAAGACGUGAUUCAGGUCCAACAAUCCCCAUUAUCUGCUGUGUGUCCCACACUGUGACGUCACACAGGGACGUAGCUGGAAUGAUGACGAGUGUUUCCUAAACGCGCUUUGUUCACUGUGUUUUUUUUCUCCUUCUCUGCAUCCUCCUCACCUCCACCAUCAUUGGAGGACAGCAUCCUCCAACCAGUCAGGUAGUACAGGAGGAGGAGGAGGAGGAGGAGGAGGAGGAGGUGAAGAAGGAGGAGGAGGCUUUAAAAGGCCGGAGGAGCGGUGUUUGUGUAAACAGAUUCCAGAUCAGAGCUGCUGUUUGGACAGUGAAGAGGAUCCACUCAGCGACUGUUUUUCUUCUGUCUCUCUGGAUCAGUCUCAGCUCAAGUGUGUGUUUACUUCUCCAACAAACAAACAAACAAACAAACAAACACACUCAUUCGCGGGUGAUGGCUGCACCGACCAAGUUCAGUUUUUCCGUCAGGAGCAUCCUGGAUCUGCCCGAGCAGGCUGCUGCUGCUGCUGCUGCUGCUGCUGCAGCGGAGCCGCUGCCGCGCUCCUACUCCUCCGCCUCCUCCUCCUGCUCCUCCAGCUCUCCUUACACCUCCUGGUUCGACUGCGAUCGGAGCCCGUGCAUGUCUUCAGAUGAAGGAAGUCUCGAAGCUUCUCCAGACUCCACCAAACCGGACGAUUCUUCUCUGGACCCGGACAAGAGCAAGAAGAACAAAAAGCGCCGGGUUCUGUUCUCCAAGACCCAGACCCUGGAGCUGGAGCGACGCUUCCGCCAGCAGCGGUACCUGUCCGGCCCGGAGAGGGAGCAGCUGGCCCGGCUCCUCAGCCUCACCCCGACCCAGGUGAAGAUCUGGUUCCAGAACCACCGCUACAAGAUGAAGCGGGGCCGCGCUGACGGCGCCGCGCUGCAGGACGCGGACGCUGCCGCGGCGCUGAUGGCGCAUCCGUCGGUUUUGCGCAGACUCGUGGUUCCGAUCCUGGUUCGGGAUGGAAAACCUUUUCACACCUGCGUACUGGACUCGGAGAAACCUGCGUUUCUGCAUCCGAACUCUCAGUCCGUCCCGUUCCCACUGCCGUACCCGGCUCUGCACCAGCUUCCUCCCAGGUAUCAGCACUUUCCCAGCGCGGCCUCCAGACUGGCCUGGAGAGACUUCUGGAGUCCGCUUUAAAACACAAACAAAACUCAAGAAAACAGAAAGAAAACAAACAAACAAAAACUAAAGAGAAUCCGCUCUGAGGCACAGACUGGUGUCGGAGGAGCUCAGAUGUUUACUGAGGGUCUUCACCACCAGAACUGCAACAACAACAACAACAACAACAACAACAACAUGGAGUUUUGCACAUUUUUAUUUUAUUUUUCUUUCCUAAUAUUUUUUUUGUGUGUGUGUAUUUGUCAUUAUCUACUGAGGUCAUGUUUCUAUGUUUCCCAGUCGGCAGGUCCAUUUGGGCCACAUGGGUUUAUUUGGACCCCAAAACUUUGGAGCCCAAGUUUUUCUGGACACUUUGCACCGACAGCAGACCCACAUGUGGACUGGAUCCGAACAUAUUUGUGUAGAACCUUUGUUGGUGUCAGACGUUAGACUGCGUUAGGCGGCGCUAGAACAUGUAGCAGAAACUCUGUUUAAUUAUUAUAAUUAUUUUAAUUAUUAUUAUAUGACUGAAGGAGGAUUCAUGUGAUGUUGUUUCUUUUAGGAAACUUUCCUUCAAUAUUUGACUUUUUUUUAAAAUCUGUUUUCUAUUUGUCAACACACUGUUAAUAAAG